AUGGCUGAUGGCGAAGGAAGGAACGCCGAGAACGUAUCAACGAGUACAACAAAGUCAACAAGGAGACAGACAGCUUUGCGACACAACGCACAGACCCACAGCGGUGGUUGGGCAGCGGCCGUCUGGAGCCUUGCUGUCACCACCACAGCGCUACUGCUGGUGUCGGUCGUGAUCACCGCCUUAGUUUCGACGACGUUGCUCGGCAGCAGUACUCAUUCGCAACCUGUCACUCAAGCAGGGGCGUCUGCGGCGCUUUCGACCCACCACAACAAGAGUGGCGUCUUGAAAGCGGUGCCCGAGCGAGGCGCCGCCGGAGCCUGCGACUCGUCGUCUUGCGCGGAGCAGGCGCGUCUGCUGCUCCGCCAGAUCAAUUCCAGCCGCGACCCCUGCGACGACUUCUACGCGUACGUGUGCGAGGACUGGGCGCUGACGCGGCCGCUGCCUCCGGGAGCUGAGCGGCUCUCCAUGGACACCAUUCUAGUAGACGGUUACGCCGAGCUGCUCGCUGCGGAACUGCGCGAGAACGCCACGAGAUACCCCGCUCUACGCUUCCUGCAGGACAACUGCCUGCACCCUCAGUCGACCCUCUUCCCGACGCUAUGCGCCAUGUUCUUGGACACAAUCCGGCUCAAGCCGUGGAUGGCCCGAGCGUCGACGUCGAGACACAGGAGGCCAACGGCGACUGAGGUGUCCCGCAAGCUAGCCGUCGCCUUUCGCGUGUUGGGGGUCGACGCGCUAUUCAGGCCCUUCGUUUUCAAGGGCGGUCUUAGCGCCAAACGCUUCGUCGGGCUUGCAGAACCGUCCACAGUGCUGAUGUCGGGCCCGCUGGAGAAGAAGGAGUACGAAAUGGUUCGUAGGGCCCUUGCUCCUCUCAUGGCCUUCUUCCAGAACGUUACAGACACGGAUCUGCUUCAGUUCGAGGAACGGCUCGCUCUGAUGCUGAGUCAACCUCAGAUAGACGCGGAAGCGCUCGCCAACGGCACCACGGUAAAAGUUCGGGACCUUCCUGUUUUGCCGAACCUCGAUUGGACGAGCUUUCUGCAGAGCGUAUUCGACAAAGGUCUGCGACCGAUCACGGACAAGACUUACGUCAAACUUAAAUCGCCGGACUACAUCGUGCGGCUGACGCGAAGUGACUUACUGCAGUUUACUAGCGAGCUGCUGGGAUACCUCGUGUUCCGCGUCAUGAUGGUGCUGACACCGCUGCUCGACGACCACGACGCGCGCGACCAGUUAGCCUCGGUGAGCUACGCGCGGCACCAGGAGUUUCCACAGGUGCUACCGCAGGCCCACUACUGCCUACUCCUAUUCGACCGAUUUGAGCCGAACCUACCUCUCCACUUGUCGCGCCAUUUUGCCGCGUCACUUAUUGGCGGCGAAAACGUCGUGGCUGACAUGGUAUCUACGCUUCGCGCGGUGCUGCUGGAAUCGGUGCAAACGCGCCUGGGUCUCAAGAGUAGCGAGUUGUGGGCGCAUCUACGGGACAAACUGAACGCCGUCUCGUGGGAGCCGCUUAGUCCGUCGGCUCUGGAGACGGCUGCCGUGAGGGCCGCGUACGUUGACGACGUCUAUCCGAGAAACUCGCAAAUGCCGGCGGCGCAGCUCUUCUACAACUGGAUCCGAAAGUCUCACGAGAAGAAGCUGAUGUCGCACAUGAACCACGCGCGCGGAAGGGGAAAGGGCGACGCAAGCUACCCGGGAUGGACGGGAGGCUUUCUGAGCGCCGAGAGUCGCCUGGUGCCGCCUUACGAUCGGCUCGAGAUUCCUCUGCCCGUGUUCGACUUGUUCCUCAACGCGGAUCCCGCACUUCGGCCCUUACAACUGGCCCGCGCUGCUCCCAAGUUGUACCGAUCGCUGCUGCGAGCCGUCUACCACUGGGCCUACAACUUCGAACACAGUGUCGCAGAGGACAAGGAGACCGGCGGCGGGAGCGUGACGCACCGCUUGGACGAACUGCGCCUUUGCCUAGAGCGGCAGUACUCGGCGGUUGCGUGGGCCGAUCGAAGGAUGCAGCUGGACGCGUCGCGCACUUCGUGGUCCGACCUCUGGGACUACUUGGCGCUCAGACCAGCGUUGGACGCGUUCGUGCUGUUUGCUCGGCGCGUGGCGCCCGACUACCGCUUGGCACUUCUCGAGCACUGGGACGUCGGCCAGCUCUUCUUUGUGUACUACGCAGCCAACCACUGCGAGAACAGCAAUGAACGCUUUCUGCGCAGGAUGGCUGCCCUAGGUCCGCACAGUACCGCCUGGUUCCGCGUCAACGGGCCUUUGAGGAACGCUCCCGAGUUUGCGCAGGCCUUCGGCUGCAAGCCCGGCACGUUCAUGAAUCCAGUUGACCAGUGUGUGUUGCGAGAGUGA